UAACGGCAUUCAACAUAUUAAAAUCUAAGAAAUAAUCUAAGUGUAAAUCUCACGAAACGGCUACGUUUUUAAAAAAGAAAUUGUGAUAUUAUAUAUAUUUAACGGAAAGUAUCAGCGGAAGGGAAAACAACAAUAUUGUGUAUAUAUAUGAGAAGUGAGCGAGGAACAUCAAUGAAUAUUUUAGCUGAGCGAAGUACACACGAAUAAAUAUAUUAAUAUACAUGAAUAUAUAUAUAUAUUUUGGGCACCGAUUUUUACACAACAACAAUUAUAUAUAUCGAUAGAAAAGACACGAAAACAAUCACAGAGAACUAAGAGUUUCAAAAUCAAAAUUGAGGAAUACCAACUAGAGGAUAAGGCUACGUAAGGAUCAAAGCACACCAAGGAGAGGGAUUUUCUAGCAAAUCGAAAAGGUUAAUUUCGUCACUUUUGGCCAAGACAGCAACAGAGGAACAGCAAAGCGGAAAUCAUUUUAUACCUCACACCACGACUACACACUAACUAAGACUAGGCUACGCAACUGUACAUUGUACUUAAGGUUCAAAGGUUAUUUAGUUUACUUUGUAUAUACGGAAAGUAGCUAAAAGCACGGAGACAGGAGGCAGGAGCACCACAGUCACUAGCCACUAAGCAGAGUCACAGUCACGAUCACGUUCACUCCAGGAUCAGGACUCGCGGCGGGAUCAGCUGACGCUGAGGAAGCUGCCACGAUGACGAUGAGUACAAACAACUGCGAGAGCAUGACCUCGUACUUCACCAACUCGUACAUGGGGGCGGACAUGCACCAUGGCCACUACCCGGGCAACGGGGUCACCGACCUGGAUGCCCAGCAGAUGCACCACUACAGCCAGAACGCGAAUCACCAGGGCAACAUGCCCUACCCGCGCUUCCCGCCCUACGACCGCAUGCCCUACUACAACGGCCAGGGAAUGGACCAGCAGCAGCAGCAGCACCAGGUCUACUCCCGCCCGGACAGCCCCUCCAGCCAGGUGGGCGGGGUCAUGCCCCAGGCCCAGACCAACGGCCAGUUGGGCGUGCCCCAGCAGCAACAGCAGCAGCAGCAACAGCCCUCGCAGAACCAGCAGCAGCAGCAGGCGCAGCAGGCCCCGCAACAGCAACUGCAGCAGCAGCUGCCGCAGGUUACGCAACAGGUGACACAUCCGCAGCAGCAACAGCAGCAGCCAGUGGUCUACGCCAGCUGCAAGUUGCAGGCGGCCGUCGGCGGUCUGGGCAUGGUUCCUGAGGGCGGAUCGCCUCCGCUGGUGGAUCAAAUGUCCGGCCACCACAUGAACGCCCAGAUGUCGCUGCCCCACCACAUGGGUCAUCCGCAGGCGCAGUUGGGCUACACGGACGUGGGAGUUCCCGACGUGACAGAGGUCCAUCAGAACCAUCACAACAUGGGCAUGUACCAGCAGCAGACGGGAGUACCGCCGGUGGGAGCACCACCGCAAGGCAUGAUGCACCAGGGCCAGGGCCCGCCCCAGAUGCACCAAGGACAUCCUGGCCAACACACGCCCCCUUCCCAAAACCCGAACUCGCAGUCCUCGGGGAUGCCGUCUCCACUGUAUCCCUGGAUGCGAAGUCAGUUUGGUAAGUGUCAAGAACGCAAACGCGGAAGGCAGACGUACACCCGGUACCAGACCCUGGAGCUGGAGAAGGAGUUCCACUUCAAUCGCUACUUGACCCGCCGGCGGAGGAUCGAGAUCGCCCACGCCCUGUGCCUCACGGAGCGCCAGAUAAAGAUAUGGUUCCAGAACCGCCGCAUGAAGUGGAAGAAGGAGAACAAGACGAAGGGCGAGCCGGGAUCCGGAGGCGAGGGCGACGAGAUCACGCCACCCAACAGUCCGCAGUAGAUCAGGUGCCGGAUCAGCAGCCCGAUCAGGAGCAGCAGCAGUUAAAUGAAAUUUCUAUCUAAAUACAAUUUACGUUAGUUCGGAGGAGAGCGCAAAGAAUUUACUUCGAUCCCAGAGGACUAUCCAAUCUAUUACCUAUCCAAUCCGUUGAACUUCGCGUGGACUAAAGUAAACUCAAACUAAACUAAACUAAACAAAGAGCGGAGCUGAGAACUCUGCCUGCAACUUAGUUAAUUGUUAUUAUUUUCUACUUAUUAUUUAAUUGUACACGAAAGGCCGGCGGAGAAGGCGAACUAAGAUAAACGUACGGUAAAGAUAAAGAUAAAGAUAAAGAUAAAGAUAAAGAUAAAGGUAAAGAUACGAUAAAGAUAAUGGUAAAGAUACAAGUAAAGCGUAAAACUCAAACAAAACCAACUCAUGUGACCUCAGAUCUAAAUAAGCUAUAUUUAACUAUAACGCAUAUAUAUACAUAAUAUAUGGUUAACUAUACAUGAUACCAAGUAAAGCUAAAGGCAAGGCGUAUAUAUAAAGUAAAUAUAUAUGAAGCAUAUAUACUAUAUACACGAUAACAUUAGUUCUACGCGUCAUAAGUACUGUACGAUUAACUUAUAUAUACACCCCAGCAUACCCCUAAACCCUAAACCUAAACUAAAUCAAUGUUUGUAGCAAUCCUAGCGCAAAACUAUAAAAUAAAAAUCCAAAAAAAAAACACCAAGUGGCGUCAAAAUCCAUUGCAUGUUGGUUCGAGAAACCAUAAAUACCAGAUAACACUGAACACGAAUGAUAAUAGAGAACCUUGCUGCUAAGAGAGUGUCGCAAGUUUAGACAAAGAGAUACCAAAACCACGGAAUAACGUUGCUUAAAGUAAACAUACAAUAAAAACGAAAACAAAACUAUUAACUGGCAGAAGCUUAAAUAUAAACGGAAAGGAAUCGCAGAGGAUUGAUGUAAAACUCGACGGCAAAUUAAACUUUAUAAAACUCUUAAGAGAAGGUCAACCAACUUGGGUUAACCACUAUUUCUUUUAUUUUUAAUUUCUUGUGCAAUUUUUGGUUCUUGCAAAAGUAAAGUUAGGUCGAAAAGGAUAUAAAGUAUACCGAAACAUGAAUUGGCAGGUGAGGAGCGAGAGUUUAAAUUGUUAAAAGAGCAACACAAAGAUAUGUAUAGAAAGUAAUGAAUCGAAAAUCGAAUAAAACCCUGUAAAGUAGUAAAUUGAAAUGCAUUAUUAGACGAGGAUGCUGCGAGGGGAAUCCCCUUUGAGCGCAGAACCGAACGAUUUCUAUAUGAAUAUUCGCCUAACACUAACUAUAUAAAUGUAUGUACGUAACUCAAACUCAAUUUCCACGCCGUCCGUGGAAAUCCAUAUACCAAAGUCAAAGGAACGAAGGAGAAAGCUAGAGCAGGACGAGAGGGAAGCAGAACUAUAAGGCAUCAUAUGUUUAUAUGUAGAUAUAUAUAAUUAAACCAGCCCAAUAUAAAGCAUGUAA